GUUAAAUGAGUGACUAAUAUUCGGCUCCAAAUAAAUAAAAAGAAUUAAUCAUUUAAAUGACAUGUAAUGUCAUACAAACAGUUUGUCUCUAAAUCAUUUGCCUCUCGUAAGAGCUGAUGGAUGCUCAAGGAUGGGGAAAGUGGCAAAGGGCAGUAUAUUUGGCCUUGAAAUCAAAUUGCCAAGAAAUUGCCUUGUUGAAACCAGAGCCAGACCCUUCUGUUCUGUAGAUAAAUUUAAUUGGAACUGAGCCACAUUCAUGCCUUAUUGCUUCAAAAAUUUUCUGUCCCUUGUAUUGUCUGGGAUGCCUAACCAUACAUCAAAUCAGUAAUGGAUGCUGUUUCUUUCCUUCAUAACACUGCUCAGCUCUGAAGAUUCUGUGAAUUUUCACACCGCUCAGCUCUGAAGAUUCCAUGAAUUUUCCAUAACCAAUACAACUUUUCUUCCCAAUUCCUCUAUAAAGUCUAACUGCAGAUUCCCCUAUCAGGAACAGAAAGCAAGGCUGAAUCAGGAAGAACAAUAAACUGAUUUCUCAAGAGGUUAAUUACCAAUGUCAGGUCUAAUUUUCGGUAGUCAUGGCAUCUAUUUUUAGUGUUGUUACUGUUAUUUAUGGUGUUGUGGCUCUUGCAUGGAAAUUGAAGGAAAUGCUGAUUUUCAAGUCUCACUUGUGGCGAUAUGAUUGAGCACACAAGAGAAGAAGAGUGGAAAACGAGCAGUUGGAAGAAAGCAGUAUUGCUUUU